UUAACAUUGGGUAGUUUGGCAACAUGGCACCCAACCAAAUCCCACAAAUUGUCAAAUGAGAAGUCAGAAACAGCUGGUUUUUAUUUGAUGAAAACAAAACAAAUCCAAAUUAUAAUAAAUCAUUUUAUAUUUAAUUUUUUUGGUAAUAAUUAGGAACUCUACUAAAGUCAUGUCGACUUCAAGCAGAUCAAAUGACCUCCCAGGAAACAGUGAGGACGACGAAUUAACCCUACCUCGCGCAAGUAUAAAUAAAAUGAUAAAAGAGCUAGUACCUUCGGUCAGAAUAGCAAAUGAAGCCCGAGAAUUAGUUUUAAAUUGUUGCACCGAAUUUAUUCAUUUACUCAGCUCGGAAGCCAACGAAGUUUGCAAUCAAUUGAAUAAGAAAACUAUCAAUGCUGAACACAUUCUUAUGGCUUUAGAUAAAUUGGGAUUUAGUGAUUAUCACGCCGAAGCCGAAGCAGUUUUGAAAGACUGCAAAGCAGUAGCUGCUAAACGCAGAAGACAAAGCACGCGUUUGGAAAAUUUAGGGAUUCCUGAAGACGAAUUGUUGAGGCAGCAACAAGAAUUGUUCGCCAAGGCUAGACAAGAACAAGCGUAUGCUGAUCAGCAACAAUGGGAGCAAUUGCAAGCUGCUGCUAAACAGGCUCAUGCUCAAUCGAUGGCUAUGAGCGCUCAUAAUAGUGACGAUCAAGAGGAUUAUUCAUAAAUUAUUUUUUGUUUUCUUUUUAUUAUGGGUUAAAUUGAUAUAAAGGUAAAUUUGUAUAUUGCUGAAUAAAAGGCCGGUUGGACAAUUCAAGUAUAUGCUAUACCUAGCAUUAAAGUUCAUUUUAGAACUAAAAAAGGUGCUGGGUAUAGCCUAUACUCAGGAUAUACUUGAAUUGUCGAAUCGGCCCUUAGGGUAGGAAAGUAAGUGAAGUCUUGAUUUAUGCACUCUUUAUAUCUUGUAAUUGAUAACUUGAACCACAAUUAAAUUAAAAAUUACAAAGUGAAAAUUUGUUUCCUAGGUAAAACCAUUUAUACUGGGUGUCAACAAAUCCAUUAGGCAACCCAUACUUAACUUCAGGAUGUUAAGUUUUAUCAAAAUGAAAUUUGGUAUAGGAAGGGAUAUGCUUUUGCAUAUUUUCCACUUUCUGGUUGCAUCGGGAGCUGGCAAGGAAGAGGUCGAUAUCUCGAAAUCGGAGCGAUAUAGAAAAAAACCGAGUCCGCCACUGGAUUGUGCUCAAAAAAGUGUCUCCAUAAUGUUUUUACAGAAAUGAAAAAAAUUGAUAAAUAAAAAACUUAUAGCCAUUUUUCAUAAUAGGGGAAAAUCGAAAAUCGCCCUGUAUUAAUGGUACCAUUGAAGAUAUCGCGAUGCGGUUUUUGACAAUCGACGUUUCUCGAAAAUCGAUCCCAUGACAUCUAAGUCAAUUUUCCUCUAUCUGGUCUGGAAGUGUGUUUUUCCUGUUAAAACACUCCAAAUUGCAGCACCCUGUACAUGGAUGAAAAUUGUACUGAUUUCUUGUAUGAUAACUAUGAAUUUCAUUAUUUCUUUGUAAGAGAUCUUGUAAAUAUGGAGGCUGCAGUGCAUGUUCUAUCUUAUAAAUGAAAAGCAAAAGUUGAUAUUUGAAACUACAAUUAACGUCAAGCCAAUUUAAAGAAGUUAACAUAUUUUUAAUUGGUUCAUAAUAAUCGCGAUUUAAAAUUGCUCUCAUUGCUCUAUUCUGAAGCACUUGUAAUUUAUCCACAUCAGUCUUAUUUCCAAAAAAAAGCAAGGAUCCACAGUAAUCAAAAUGUGGCUUUACUAUACUAUUAAAUAUUAACCUCUUUGUAUGCACUGAUAGUUUGUACCUCAAACGACACAAAAAACCAAUCUUUUUACCAAUUUUACCAAUUAUAUAUUCAAAAUGAUCAUUUAAACUUAAUUGAUUAUUUAAAAUAAAACCAAGAUAUUUUAUUUUGUCCACAUAUUCAAUAUUCUCGUUAUUCAUUUGAAUUCUAAAAUUAUUAACAAAAAUUUCCCUACCUGUUUUUGUUCUACCAACUAUUAAACAUUUUGACUUAGAUAGGUUAAGCUUCAAUUUAUUUACACACAACCAAGCAUAAACAGACUUCAAUUCCCUAUUGAGGGUUCUGGAAAGCAUUUGGUGCGAAUCAGAACUGAAAAAUAUAACAGUAUCAUCUGCGAACUGAUGAAUCAAAAAACAAGUCAUUUUUCAAUAUAAUUUACUAAAUGACCCCUUAGCGGUGGCCCCUUUCGUGGAUGGGCCCCUAAGCAUCGCUUACAUCCGCUUAUGCAUAUCGCCGCCACUCGAAAGAUACCCAGCUAAUUAGGACCAAAAAAAAAAGCGAAGUCGAUAUUAUAUAUCAUCAUAUAGGUACUUAUAUCAUAUUAUAUAUUACAUUUCUAUGUUCAAUGAGAUGACUGCAUGUACUAACCUGACGAAGUGAGUAGAAAUUAACUUUCUUUGGUAGAAAACUUAUUAAGUUCUACUGAACUCUUGAAUAAGUCCACUUUCACUUUCAUUUUUUAAGUCAAUUUGACACUCGAGAGGGUAAUUUUUACAUAUUUUUUCAGGUUGCACUGAAGAUGGCUAUGGCCGAAAGCGCUCUGCAAUGAUAUUAAUUAUAGAAAUUUUGCACGAAAUACAAAAUCUUUUUACUCAACGUGUAAUUCCUCAGACUUACACUACAGAUAUUAUAUAUGCCAUGAAACAACAGAAUACAAAUGAAAAGCAACAAAGCUCUAGUAACAAUCAUUGGUCCGGGACCUAAUGACAUGUAUUCAGAGACGUUCCACUUUAAUCGUUGCACUUAAUCAACAAACAAAACAUAAAAACAAUAGUUCAGCUCUGGAACUGGGUCCGCUCUACUUUUAAUACACUAUCAAAAUCAAAUAACCGAAAAGCAUGCAAGGAUUAUCAUCUCAUGAGCUACUUUAUUAAGCUCUUUCUAUGAAUUUUACACACAAGACUGAGCACAAGACUCUACAACACCUAUAAUGCUACGUACAUCACCCUGUAUAGUCUGCAAACUUUGGGGCAAAAGCAUUUGACAAUGUCAGACAUAAUCACUUGAUGAUUGGGGAAUAAGGACAGGACAUAAAACUUAUUGAAUAUUUCAAAAACUGUGUAUGUGGCCUUUUCACUGACAGAUACCAACUGACCAAUCUUCAAUGAAAUAACCAUUGAUCAUCAAUCAAACUUUACUAUAAAAGAGGUCAAAUUUAUAAAACAUCUUGGGAUAAUUGAAGAUAAAAAUCUGAAAUGGAAAAUAAAUUAAGUAAAUGCUUGAUACACAAAUUUCACCUAAUAAGAAAUAUCUUGAGUAAGGAAUCUUAAUAAUGAUAUAUCAAUCACUUGUCAAAUCUUUACUGGGUAUGUUAUGGAAUAGUGGUCUAGGGUGGACUCUACAAAAACGCACUAGAAACUUUGAACACCAUACAGAAUUAUAUCCUGAAAAUCAUACUUGAAAAGGACAGGUUGUUUCCCACCUUGUUCCUAUAUAAUAACAAAAUUCCUAACAUUAGAUCUUUGUACUUUCAUGCUAUAGUUGUGUGUUCUGUUUUAAACUGAAAGAAAAGGGUUAUUUGGAUCACCAAUAUAAAACUACGCAGAUGAUUAACAGGCACCUUAUACUGUCCCCUUUCAUAAAUUUGAGAGAAAUCAAAGAUGUAACUCCGUGAUGGGACCAAAGAUUUUCAAUGGACUGCCUCGGUCCAUUCGUGAGGCUAGGAGGAAAGCAUUCUCAAUGCAUUGAAAACAAUUUAUUUAUGAAAAUUAUGAAACUUUAUCUGACCUUCUGUAGCCUAUAGAAUGUCAAAGAACUGGUAAUUAUUUAAUUCUUUGCUAGAAAAUUAUCUCUAGUCUCUAUCUCAUCAGUCAAUACCAUCCCGUCUCAUUUGUGCAACAGGUGAC